AUGAACUUCAGUAGCGAGGACUAUGCCUACUAUAUCCAGAUGUUUGAUGACAAGGAUUUCGUCCAACUUAUGGAGGUCGCCACAUUCAUGACUCUGUACAUACAGCCGCUUAUUUGUGGGUUUGGGUUUUUGGUAAACUUUUUAGCGACCUGUGUUUUCACCUCUAAAUACCUGCGUCUGAACUCCUCCAACUUUUACCUGGCCUCGCUGUCCGGGUCGUCGUGCGUUUACAUGCUGUCCGUACUCUUGGCCUGGCUGGAGGUGGUGCAGGUGCCCGUUAUUCACCGUGACGGCGUCUGUCAGACCGUCGUCUUUCUGACGUACGUCACCAGUUUUCUGACGGUGUGGUUGGUCACUGUGAUUACGUUUGAGCAUUACGUCAUUGUCCAUCACAUCACGGCCGUCAGGUUCGUCUGUCAGCGACGCAAGGCAAAGAUUCUUGUGUCGUGUCUCGUCGUUUUAUCUAUCGCUCUUUAUUCCAUGUCCUUGUGGUCAACAGGGGUUGAAAAUAAGUCGGGCUCGAGGUUCUGUACCCCAAGAUACGGACAGACGGCUAUCAUUUUGAACCACGUGCUAUUCUACAUUGACACGCUGGCCACGCUUCUGUUGCCCGGAAUUCUGACUCUUGCACUGAUCUGUGCUUGUGUAAGUCGACAAUUACUUUGGAGGAACAUAGCAGUGUCGUGUUUGAGACAUCACAGAAACGUCAGAAUAUCUCGGCGAGAGAGAUCCUUGCUGAGAAUAGCGCGGGCAUUGCUGCUGAUCAGUAUAUCCCACGUGAUGUUUAGCGGGCCGAGCUUUAUCUUUAGACUUCGAUAUCAGAUAUCUACCCUGAUAUCUGGCAAGGAUACGGCGGUGUUUAGUGAUAACUACAUUAACGCUAUACUACAAAUACUGUACUAUGUAUCCUUCACUGCAAAUUUCAUUAUUUACGUUGUGUUUUGUGCCAAUUUUCGCCUGGGACUCAAGAGCAUCUUUCACUUGCACUUCUUCAAAUGCAAUCAACACUAG